CCACGCCAGUCCGGUCCCCCUUCUCCUGUCCGUGUUCCAGGAUGGUCCUGAUCAGAUCCAGAAUGACGCAGGCCAUUACUGUGGCAACAGGGGCCAACCUUGGAGUCAUACAGUGGACAACGAGGAGAGCACAACAUCAGAAACAGACAGAAAAUGUGUGCAAUGGAGACGACUACUAGGCUGACCAGCUGUAGUCUCCAUCUUGUCAGGAGGAGAGGAGACGACAUUAGCCAGAGACGACACGUUUUCUCCCACCUCCAUACUGUCUAGCAACCACCUGGCAACUGAGAGAGAGAAAAGGGAGGG